CCGACGCUGGCCGAGUUCAUGCAGGGGUUAGUACCGGCUAACUCUGACGUAGGCAGGGAAGAAUCCGGACAACAAUGACCACCGGCUUCAUUCAGCUCAACUGAUCCUUGUGAAAGUGUAGAGCCCUGUAUGCGAAAAGUCUGCUCGAGUGCGACAGCUGACUGUGUUCUUGUGCUGACUAUCAUAAAGAUUAUUUUGUAAUAGCUGUAACAGAAUCAGCUGGGCGAGUUUUCCUUAUAUCUUCCCAAGCUCGUGAUUUUCCACAGAAACAGGAGAGGAAGGAACGAAUGUGGAGGGAAUUAGAAGAUAUAUGGUAGUAGUUUGUUUUGUUCUUUUUUGAAAGUUCAGUUUUGUGAAGAAUAAAGUUCUAACAGCAGAUCACUGGAAGUCCACAAGGAAACAGGAAGGAGGCAAAAAAAAAAAAUUAAAAAAAUGGCAGUUUUCAUGUGCAUGUUGAUGGUUUUACAUGUGGCGUCUGGUGCCGUACGACUUGAUUCCUAUAAUGUGGAUCGGAACAGCCUCUCAGUCUCCGGCAUCUCAGCCGGUGCGGCCAUGGCCUCGCAGUUCCACGUCGCACACUCAAGUCUUGUGAUGGGGGCUGGCCUGGUAGCUGGAUUGCCAUACACAUGCUCUGGGGGUAGUGUUGCCACAGCAACCACCACUUGCAUGGUGACACCUGCCUCAAUUUCAGUCUCCUCUCUUAUAUCGACGACCACCUCGUCAGCUAAUUUAGGCAACAUCGACAACACCAGCAACAUGCGCAACGACCGUAUUUGGAUUUUUGCGGGCACGCUCGACUCAGUUGUCAAACCUGCUGCCAGUGAGAAAGUAAAAGAGUAUUACCAAAAUUAUGUCACCCAGAGCAACAUUAAGACCGUCUUCAAUAUUGCUGCCGAGCACUCGAUGCCAACGGCCAACUACGGAGGCAGGUGUGAUGCUCUUAAUUCUGUCAACUACAUUAACAACUGCAACUACGACGCCGCAUUCGAGCUUCUGAACCACAUCUACGGCGGCAACCUGAACGCGGGUACAGAGGCCGUAGGAUCUCUUCUCCAGUUCGACCAGUCAGCGUUCUUCUACUAUGCAGCGCCCUCUUACUACAGCAUGGACACCGUUGGUUAUGUUUAUGUUCCAUCUGGAUGCGCUAACAAGCAAAGAGUUUGCAAGCUUCACGUGGCUUUCCAUGGAUGCCAGAUGGGCCGGAUACGGAUUGGAGAAGACUAUGUGCGCCAUGCAGGGUACAACGAGGUCGCUGAGGCCAACAACAUCAUCAUCCUGUACCCGCAGGCUGUCACCUCGCUCAUGAACCCCAACGGCUGCUUUGACUGGUGGGCCUACACCAACUCCAGCUAUGCAACCAAGAAUGCCUUCCAGAUAACCGCUGUCUACAGGAUGGUGCAGAGAGUUAUGUACCUUUAACAGUGCUAAUGCCUUCUUCAACAAGAUGCAUCAGAAGCUUAUCCUGUUUUUCGCAAACCAAUAAUGUUGUUAUUAUUGAUACAGUAGAUCGAGUUCUUACGGUGCUGCUCUUUACAUUAUAGUAAUUUGCAAACUGUGAGAUGUAUGCUGAAAAUAAACUGUAUCCACUGC